AUGAUUGCUUUCGUUUUGCAGACAUGCAAUGUAAUACUGAUCAUCGUUGGUCUGACGGCUGUAGGCCUUGCUGGCAGUCAGUUCUCCGAGGUCUCGCUCGGAAAUUACCGAAAGAUCGAUUUACGGUUGCUGAAUUGGAUCUAUGUACUUACUGGUCUAGUAGGCCUGUAUACUUUGGCCCGGAAUCAGGGGAUUAUUGUGGCCAAGACACUGUACUGCGUAUCAGUUAUACAAUAUGCUAGCAUCAGAAAUAAAUAUGUGGCCAAGCUGUUCAUCUGCUCGCUGAUGAUCGUUGUGCCUGCUGGGGCCUGCUUGGCUGCCGUCAUCGCCGCUGCACUUCUCGACCGGCUCGUCAUCGUCACGCAACCCACUUGGCCACAGUACUCGCGUGAUCAGGACAAGAAGUACCGUGCAAGUCGUUUGAAAUUAACCGCCUUCGCUGCGAUAAAAUUGUUUUUGGCAUUAGGUGCUCUCGCUCUUGCAAUAUUUCUCGAAUACGACCACCAGUUGGUGCUGGGCACAGAUGCAUUUGUGGUGAUUGGACUGGAUCACAUCACUGCACUGUUGGCCAUCACUAGCGCAAUCGUGGAUUUACACUCGGCAUCAGAUAAGUGCAAACUUAAUUUAAAAAAAAGCGACAUCACAUCGAUUGUCUGGGGGGAACUUCGUGCCCUUAAUUUACCGCAAAGUAUUAUUAUUCUAGUACCAAUGACGACUGUAAUGGUGGAUGUGAGUUAUGCGAUCAUCAUCGUCGAAGGCAUCCUGGUGGGCCUGUUCGCGCUUCUCUUCGCUCUGAACUUGUUGACUGCGCUGCAAGCUGGAAAAUGCGUACAAUGUCUUGGUCUAUUGCAUCUUAUCUGGGCGCUGUUUUUGAUGGCACUGGUGGUACUUGGUUUGGUCGACGUAUCUUGGAACGCCAAUUAUAUUGGCGCUGAUUUAUUUUGGCUUACCGUAUUGAUAUUUGCCACUGGUUUAUUAUACAUGGUACAUUCCAGCACCCAGCUCUCGGCGCAGUUCGUGCUCGGCUUCAUAUGCUUCACGUGCGCCCUGGAGAAGACGUGCUCGAGCAUUAACCUUGUUUACCAGGCUGCAACCUAUCCUGCGUUCACGCGCAGUCCCGAAGAUGCUUACAUUGGACGACUGGUUCUGCACUGCGUGCAGCUCGCUGUGUUGGCUUUCGAAACGCUCACUGGGCUUCUUUCUGUGAUUUUAUUUGGGCGUGCUCUCAAACGGCAUUAUCGUUUUGCAGCUAAACAUACGCCA